CUGCCCAAAAAUAUUAAAAAAAAAAAAAAAGGCCCAAAUAGUCGCCACGUCACACCCCAAAAUGCUCAAAACCUUAGCCACCAUCUCCACCACAUCACCACUCCUCUCCACCACCACAACCACCUCCGCCACCACGGCGAAACUCUCUCUCUCCUCCUCCUCCUUCCUCCUCUCUCUCUCCAAAUUCCGCCCCAAACCCACCUCCCCUUUCCCCCAAACCCGCCGCCCCAUCUCCCACCACAGGCCCACCAUGAACAUCCUCAACCGCCUCGGCUUCGGGCCCAAGACCCCCGACCCGAACUCCGAGUCCGCCGCCAUCGCCCAGGGUCCCGACGACGACGUUCCGGCGCCGGGUCAGCAGUUCGCGCAGUUCGGAGCCGGGUGCUUCUGGGGGGUAGAAUUGGCAUUUCAGAGAGUCCCCGGCGUCACCAAAACGGAGGUCGGGUACUCUCAGGGGCUGCUCCACAAUCCCAGCUAUGAAGACGUGUGUACCGGGACGACGAGUCACUCUGAGGUCGUGAGGGUUCAGUAUGACCCUAAAGACUGUAGCUUUGAGACUCUGCUUGAUCUCUUUUGGUCCAGGCAUGAUCCCACGACGCUCAAUCGCCAGGGUGGUGAUGUGGGUACGCAGUACAGAUCCGGAAUCUACUUCUACACACCUGAGCAAGAGCAAGCAGCAAAAGAAUCUCUGGAGAAACACCAGAAGGUUGUGAACCGACCAAUUGUUACAGAAAUUCUUCCUGCCAAGAAGUUCUACCGAGCAGAGGAGUACCACCAGCAGUACCUUGCCAAAGGGGGCCGCUUUGGAUUUAGGCAAUCUACUGAGAAAGGAUGCAAUGAUCCAAUCCGAUGCUACGGCUAAUCUAUAUGCUAUUACUGCCUUGAAGGGCAGAGCGUGCCCUGGGAUUGUUCAUAGGUUUGUGCUCGCCCAUAUAUGUUGCAUGUAACUAGCUUUUACAUACUUUGUCUAGUAAGUGUGCUUGGUGAUUGUAUCCACGGUGUGAGCGUGGAUUAAUAAGAAAAGACUAGUGUUUCCUGACUCUUAUAAUCUACAAUCAGAAAUUUUCAA